UAACUAAAAUCACUUGCCUUAAAAUCGCUGCCUCGUCAGUCGUCAUCAUCCUGGAGUCGCGGGUAAGAAUCACUUCGCUUCUUCUCGCUCUGCUGUUCAGCUUCGCACCUCCAUGCUCGAGAAAUGGUGGAGAGGAGGAGGCCUCUGGUCCUUUCUUCGACCAAAUCUCUCGUCGAUUCCGUGCUCAGCUCGUCCCGGCUCGAGGGGGGCGAGCUCCCGUCGGAGUUGAAGCUGCCCGCCGGAAUUCUCCGGUUCGCGCGGGAGAGAGUCGAGGAGUCGGACUCGAGGUUGGCGAAACUGGAUGACGCGGCUUUGGUCGGGCUCUCGACGUCCGCUCUGAAGCGACUGUCCAUAACUUCUGGCUCGCUGGUGCAUAUAAGGAAUCUCGACACGAACUCUGUGAGAAUGGCUCAAGUUGUUGUUCUCGAUCCUCCAUCCACACUUGAGCACUCAUAUCAAGUUAAGCUUCCCUUUUCCCAGUGCGAAAAGGAAUUAUUGAUCUUCCCGUCGUGUAGUGUCCCUCCAACUAAGCCAGCUUUGCCAGACCGUGAAGUGGCCUAUUUGUCUCCUUUAUUAGCAUUUAACCUCAGUUUGCACCUAUCAUGCUUCAGAACUCUGGUUCACCAUGGAGAGGACAGUUUAACAUCAUUCUUCAGAGCUAAGGUUGAUAAUGGAAUGUCGGAACAGGGUGGUGAAGUUCCGGCAAUUGACUUGGAGCUGAAACCUCUGGGACAAUUACCAAAGUAUGCGUCACACUUGCGGGUUUCUUUUGUGAAGCUACCAGAAUGUGGCACCAUCGAAUCUCUUAAAGGAAGUUCAUCAGUUGAAGCUGAGGAUCGCCAGGAAAUGAUUGAUCUCGCAUUACAGAACUACUUUGAAAUAGAUAGACAUCUAGCGAUAGGUGACGUUUUCAGUAUUAAGAUUAAAUGGAGUUGCAACUCAUUUAUUUGCAUUCGCUGCAGUCAAAACUUGCCAAAUGAUGAUGUCAUCUACUUCAAGGUGGUGGCUAUGGAACCAUCAGACAACCCUGUUCUUCGAGUCAACCGCACUAAAACUGCUCUUGUUCUCGGGGGAAAUGUCCCAUCUGGCGUUCCUCCAGAUUUACUUUGUGACCACCCGAAAUCAUUUGCACCCUUGCAAGGAGAUACUGUGAAGAUUUUGGCCUCCGUGCUCACACCCUCUCUCUGUUCAUCAAUGCUUGCUGUUAAGUUUAGAGUGGCUGUCUUGUUGUCUGGUUUGACAGGAUGUGGGAAGAGAACGGUAGUUAGGUUUGUUGCUCGUCGAUUGGGUCUGCAUGUAGUGGAGUUCAGCUGUAACAGUCUAAUGUCUUCAUCUGAGAGAAAAACAUCCAUUGCCCUAGCUGAAGCGUUCAAUACUGCACAAAGAUAUUCACCGUCAAUACUUCUCCUCCGCCAUUUUGAUGCUUUUCGGAAUUUGGGAUCUAACGAGGGUUUACCAAAUGAUCAAAAUGGCAUCUCUUCCGAACUUGCAUCAGUCAUAAGGGAGUUCACUAUCCAAGAUAAUGAAGAUGAUGAUGUUUAUGCCCCAGAAAACUUGAAUGGUGAUUUGCAGCCUGUGAAUACUUAUGCGCAUAAGGUGUUCUUAGUUGCAACUGCUGAUAGCACUGAAGGCCUACCUCCUACCGUUAGACGUUGCUUCAGUCAUGAGAUAACUAUGGGUCCCUUAACUGAGGAACAAAGGGUUGAGAUGCUUAGCCAGUCACUGAAGAGCAUUUCUGAUCUGCUGCCUAAUAGUAAUCCAGAAGAUUUUGUAAGAGAUAUAGUCGGACAGACGUCUGGCUUUAUUCCUAGGGACCUGAAUGCUUUAAUCGCCGAUACUGGUGCAAACAUAAUAUCAGGGAGCAUUUUGCAUAAAAGUGAAGUUGAUUCCAGGGAUAUGCAUAAUAAAUAUGCAGAAGACAAAACUGUGCUGGCAAAAGAUGUAAACGAGGCUGUAGAUCAGGUUCUCAGGCAAGAUGAUUUGGCCCAAGCCUUGGAACGUUCAAAGAAGAGGAAUGCAGUGGCUUUGGGCACUCCUAAAGUUCCUGAUGUGAAGUGGGAAGAUGUCGGAGGUCUUGAGGAUGUAAAAAAAUCAAUCUUGGAUACAGUUCAGUUGCCUUUACUCCACAAGGAUCUGUUUUCUUCGGGAUUGCGCAAGCGAUCUGGUGUUCUUCUAUAUGGUCCUCCUGGAACCGGAAAAACCUUGUUAGCAAAGGCUGUGGCAACAGAGUGUUCCCUGAAUUUCCUUAGUGUAAAAGGACCUGAGCUUAUUAAUAUGUACAUUGGAGAAUCGGAGAAAAAUGUCCGAGAUAUUUUCCAGAAGGCAAGAUCUGCUCGUCCUUGUGUUAUCUUCUUUGAUGAACUUGAUUCUCUGGCUCCAGCUCGUGGUGCUUCUGGAGAUUCUGGUGGCGUAAUGGAUAGAGUUGUUUCUCAGAUGCUUGCGGAAAUUGACGGAUUAAAUGAUGCCACACAGGAUUUGUUUGUAAUUGGGGCUAGCAACAGACCAGAUCUUAUUGAUCCAGCACUUCUAAGGCCAGGUCGAUUUGACAAAUUACUCUAUGUUGGGGUCAACACUGACGUGUCUAACCGUGAACGGGUCCUGAAAGCACUCACAAGGAAGUUUAAAUUGCAUGAAGAUGUAUCUCUAUACUCCGUAGCCAAGAAAUGCCCUCCAAAUUUUACUGGUGCAGACAUGUAUGCCCUGUGUGCAGAUGCUUGGUUUCAUGCUGCAAAGAGCAAGGUUUUGAGUUCAGGCGUAGAUUCUUCUUCCAAGGACCUUGCAGCCGACUCUGUUGUGGUUGAAUAUGAAGAUUUUGUAGAGAGUAGGUAGCGGGUUUCUUUUCAGCUGCAAAAGGAGAAGAGGGUUUUCUCAGACAAAAGAGAAAGGGAGGAGCUAGGGUUAUGAAUUCUAGGGUAGUGCGACAACCUCUGAAUGUGACAUCAGUCAGAGAAAUUUGGUGGCUCCAUCCAGUAGACUCUGAGAUGGGGUGUCCAAGUAUAGGGUUAUCCCUGCAAUUCUGUCCAAGACAUGAGGAGUGUUGGAGUAGUCCAGUUCUUGACAUCUUGGCCAACUGUACUCCAGGAGUAGUUGUCUUGUUUAUACCAUUUGAUUAUAUUUGAUGUGGCAAAGUCAUGCAUAGUUUCAUUAGGUAACAAAUCUAUCUAUCAAUUGAUCCUAUAUAAAUUAAAGAAUUCUGAGCAUGAAUGAGUUUAGGUUGGAAGGCAAUAAUUAUGAUGGUAUGACAUUUCCUUGUAAAAGUAAGACCGAAGUUCAAUAAAUUGAAAAUUCUUUUUUUUAACUUUUUUUGGGAUCAUUUCAAGAGAGAAUAAUUUGCCACUUCCACAUUAAGGGUGAUGCAACCCAAGAAACUAGUUUAAGUCUUUCCACAGAAAAAAUUCCUGUGUAUCAACAUGAUCUUGAGUAUUUGGUAGUGUACUAUUAUCACUUUCACCAUUCACUAGUCAUUGAUAUGCAUGGCUGGUGGUGCCUCUUCCUGAACAGAAGUUUCAAGUCAUAACUAUUCCUGCGUCUUAUGUGGUGUUCAAAUUCAUUAUCAUUCAUGAGAGCAGCAAAUGACAAGAGUAUGCUUUCCUGAAGUGUACAUGGCUGAAUUCGGUUCUACCUUGGCAGGUCUUGGGAGAACUCUCCCCUUCCCUCUCCAUGGCCGAGCUUAAGAAGUACGAGUUGCUGAGGGAUCAGCUUGAAGGUUCUUCAAAAUAAAAA